AUGUUGAAGGCUGCGGCUGGCGACUCUCCGGCCGGCAGGUGGCGCGGGCGGCGGCGGCUGUCGACCCUCCGACGGCAGGUGGCGCGGGCGGCGGCGGCGGCUGGCGACUGUCCGGCCGGCAGGUGGCGCUGGCGGCGGCGGCUGUGGACUCUCCGGCCGGCAGGUGGCGCGGGCGGCGGCGGCGGCUGGCGACUGUCCGGGCGGCAGGUGGCGCGGGCGGCGGCUGCGGCUGUCGACUCUACGGCCGGCAGGUGGCGCGGGCGGCUCGGCGGCGGCAGUCGACUCUCCGGCCGGCAGGUGGCGCUGGCGACCCUCCGGCCGGCAGGUGGCGCGGGUGUCGGCUGUUGUCGACUCUCCGGGCGGCAGGUGGCGCUAGCGGCGGCGGCUGUCGUCUCUCCGGCCGGCAGGUGGCGCUGGCGGCGGCGGCUGUGGACUCUCCGGCCGGCAGGUGGCGCGGGCGGCGGCGGCCGGCGUCUCUCCGGCCGGCAGGUGGCGCUGGCGGCGCCGGCUGGCGACUCUCCGGCCGGCAGGUGGCGCGGGUGUCGGCUGUUGUCGACUCUCCGGGCGGCAGGUGGCGCUAGCGGCGGCGGCUGUCGUCUCUCCGGCCGGCAGGUAGCGCUGGCGGCGGCGGCUGUGGACUCUCCGGCCGGCAGGUGGCGCGGGCGGCGGCGGCCGGCGUCUCUCCGGCCGGCAGGUGGCGCUGGCGGCGACGGCUGGCGACUCUCCGGCCGGCAGGUGGCGCGGGCGGCGGCGGCGGCGGCGGCUGUCGACUGUCCGGGCGGCAGGUGGCGCGGGCGGCGGCUGCGGCUGUCGACUCUACGGCCGGCAGGUGGCGCUGGCGGCGACGGCUGGCGACUCUCCGGCCGGCAGGUGGCGCGGGCGGCGGCUGCGGCUGUCGACUCUCCGGCCGGCAGGUGGCGCGGGCGGCGGCGGUGGCGGCGGCUGUCGACUGUCCGGGCGGCAGGUGGCGCGGGCGGCGGCUGCGGCUGUCGACUCUACGGCCGGCAGGUGGCGCGGGCGGCGGCUGCGGCUGUUGACUCUCCGGCCGGCAGGUGGCGCUGGCGGCGGCGGCUGGCGACCCUCCGGCCGGCAGGUGGCGCGGGCGGCUGCGGCGGCGGCAGUCGACUCUCCGGCCGGCAGGUGGCGCUGGCGACCCUCCGGCCGGCAGGUGGCGCGGGUGUCGGCUGUUGUCGACUCUCCGGGCGGCAGGUGGCGCUAGCGGCGGCGGCUGUCGUCUCUCCGGCCGGCAGGUGGCGCUGGCGGCGGCGGCUGUGGACUCUCCGGCCGGCAGGUGGCGCGGGCGGCGGCGGCCGGCGUCUCUCCGGCCGGCAGGUGGCGCUGGCGGCGCCGGCUGGCGACUCUCCGGCCGGCAGGUGGCGCGGGCGGCGGCGGCGGCGGCGGCUGUCGACUGUCCGGGCGGCAGGUGGCGCGGGCGGCGGCUGCGGCUGUCGACUCUACGGCCGGCAGGUGGCGCUGGCGGCGACGGCUGGCGACUCUCCGGCCGGCAGGUGGCGCGGGCGGCGGCGGCGGCGGCGGCUGUCGACUGUCCGGGCGGCAGGUGGCGCGGGCGGCGGCUGCGGCUGUCGACUCUACGGCCGGCAGGUGGCGCGGGCGGCGGCUGCGGCUGUCGACUCUACGGCCGGCAGGUGGCGCGGGCGGCGGCGGCUGCGGCUGUUGACUCUCCGGCCGGCAGGUGGCGCUGGCGGCGACGGCUGGCGACUCUCCGGCCGGCAGGUGGCGCGGGCGGCGGCGGCGGCGGCGGCUGUCGACUGUCCGGGCGGCAGGUGGCGCGGGCGGCGGCUGCGGCUGUCGACUCUACGGCCGGUGGCGCGGGCGGCGGCUGCGGCUGUUGACUCUCCGGCCGGCAGGUGGCGCUGGCGGCGGCGGCUGGCGACCCUCCGGCCGGCAGGUGGCGCGGGCGGCGGCGGUGGCGGCGGCUGUCGACUGUCCGGGCGGCAGGUGGCGCGGGCGGCGGCUGCGGCUGUCGACUCUACGGCCGGCAGGUGGCGCUGGCGGCGGCGGCUGGCGACCCUCCGGCCGGCAGGUGGCGCGGGCGGCUGCGGCGGCGGCAGUCGACUCUCCGGCCGGCAGGUGGCGCUGGCGACCCUCCGGCCGGCAGGUGGCGCGGGUGUCGGCUGUUGUCGACUCUCCGGGCGGCAGGUGGCGCUAGCGGCGGCGGCUGUCGUCUCUCCGGCCGGCAGGUGGCGCUGGCGGCGGCGGCUGUGGACUCUCCGGCCGGCAGGUGGCGCGGGCGGCGGCGGCCGGCGUCUCUCCGGCCGGCAGGUGGCGCUGGCGGCGACGGCUGGCGACUCUCCGGCCGGCAGGUGGCGCUGGCGGCGACGGCUGGCGACUCUCCGGCCGGCAGGUGGCGCGGGCGGCGGCGGCGGCGGCGGCUGUCGACUGUCCGGGCGGCAGGUGGCGCGGGCGGCGGCUGCGGCUGUUGACUCUCCGGCCGGCAGGUGGCGCUGGCGGCGACGGCUGGCGACUCUCCGGCCGGCAGGUGGCGCUGGCGGCGACGGCUGGCGACUCUCCGGCCGGCAGGUGGCGCGGGCGGCGGCGGCGGCGGCGGCUGUCGACUGUCCGGGCGGCAGGUGGCGCGGGCGGCGGCUGCGGCUGUCGACUCUACGGCCGGCAGGUGGCACGGGGCGGCGGCCGGCGUCUCUCCGGCCGGCAGGUGGCGCGGGUGUCGGCUGUUGUCGACUCUCCGGGCGGCAGGUGGCGCUAGCGGCGGCGGCUGUCGUCUCUCCGGCCGGCAGGUGGCGCUGGCGGCGGCGGCUGUGGACUCUCCGGCCGGCAGGUGGCGCGGGCGGCGGCGGCCGGCGUCUCUCCGGCCGGCAGGUGGCGCUGGCGGCGACGGCUGGCGACUCUCCGGCCGGCAGGUGGCGCGGGUGUCGGCUGUUGUCGACUCUCCGGGCGGCAGGUGGCGCUAGCGGCGGCGGCUGUCGUCUCUCCGGCCGGCAGGUAGCGCUGGCGGCGGCGGCUGUGGACUCUCCGGCCGGCAGGUGGCGCGGGCGGCGGCGGCCGGCGUCUCUCCGGCCGGCAGGUGGCGCUGGCGGCGACGGCUGGCGACUCUCCGGCCGGCAGGUGGCGCGGGCGGCGGCGGCGGCGGCGGCUGUCGACUGUCCGGGCGGCAGGUGGCGCGGGCGGCGGCUGCGGCUGUCGACUCUACGGCCGGCAGGUGGCGCGGGCGGCGGCUGCGGCUGUCGACUCUCCGGCCGGCAGGUGGCGCGGGCGGCGGCGGUGGCGGCGGCUGUCGACUGUCCGGGCGGCAGGUGGCGCGGGCGGCGGCUGCGGCUGUCGACUCUCCGGCCGGCAGGUGGCGCGGGCGGCGGCUGCGGCUGUCGACUCUCCGGCCGGCAGGUGGCGCUGGCGGCGGCGGCUGGCGACCCUCCGGCCGGCAGGUGGCGCGGGUGUCGGCUGUUGUCGACUCUCCGGGCGGCAGGUGGCGCUAGCGGCGGCGGCUGUCGUCUCUCCGGCCGGCAGGUGGCGCUGGCGGCGGCGGCUGUGGACUCUCCGGCCGGCAGGUGGCGCGGGCGGCGGCGGCCGGCGUCUCUCCGGCCGGCAGGUGGCGCUGGCGGCGACGGCUGGCGACUCUCCGGCCGGCAGGUGGCGCUGGCGGCGACGGCUGGCGACUCUCCGGCCGGCAGGUGGCGCGGGCGGCGGCGGCGGCGGCGGCUGUCGACUGUCCGGGCGGCAGGUGGCGCGGGCGGCGGCUGCGGCUGUCGACUCUACGGCCGGCAGGUGGCGCGGGCGGCGGCUGCGGCUGUUGACUCUCCGGCCGGCAGGUGGCGCUGGCGGCGGCGGCUGGCGACCCUCCGGCCGGCAGGUGGCGCGGGCGGCGGCGGCGGCGGCGGCUGUCGACUGUCCGGGCGGCAGGUGGCGCGGGAGGCGGCUGCGGCUGUCGACUCUACGGCCGGCAGGUGGCGCGGGCGGCGGCUGCGGCUGUUGACUCUCCGGCCGGCAGGUGGCGCUGGCGGCGGCGGCUGGCGACCCUCCGGCCGGCAGGUGGCGCGGGCGGCGGCGGUGGCGGCGGCUGUCGACUGUCCGGGCGGCAGGUGGCGCGGGCGGCGGCUGCGGCUGUCGACUCUACGGCCGGUGGCGCUGGCGGCGGCGGCUGGCGACCCUCCGGCCGGCAGGUGGCGCGGGUGUCGGCUGUUGUCGACUCUCCGGGCGGCAGGUGGCGCUAGCGGCGGCGGCUGUCGUCUCUCCGGCCGGCAGGUGGCGCUGGCGGCGGCGGCUGUGGACUCUCCGGCCGGCAGGUGGCGCGGGCGGCGGCGGCCGGCGUCUCUCCGGCCGGCAGGUGGCGCUGGCGGCGACGGCUGGCGACUCUCCGGCCGGCAGGUGGCGCUGGCGGCGACGGCUGGCGACUCUCCGGCCGGCAGGUGGCGCGGGCGGCGGCGGCGGCGGCGGCUGUCGACUGUCCGGGCGGCAGGUGGCGCGGGCGGCGGCUGCGGCUGUCGACUCUACGGCCGGCAGGUGGCGCGGGCGGCGGCUGCGGCUGUUGACUCUCCGGCCGGCAGGUGGCGCUGGCGGCGGCGGCUGGCGACCCUCCGGCCGGCAGGUGGCGCGGGCGGCGGCGGUGGCGGCGGCUGUCGACUGUCCGGGCGGCAGGUGGCGCGGGCGGCGGCUGCGGCUGUCGACUCUACGGCCGGCAGGUGGCGCUGGCGGCGGCGGCUGGCGACCCUCCGGCCGGCAGGUGGCGCGGGCGGCUGCGGCGGCGGCAGUCGACUCUCCGGCCGGCAGGUGGCGCUGGCGACCCUCCGGCCGGCAGGUGGCGCGGGUGUCGGCUGUUGUCGACUCUCCGGGCGGCAGGUGGCGCUAGCGGCGGCGGCUGUCGUCUCUCCGGCCGGCAGGUGGCGCUGGCGGCGGCGGCUGUGGACUCUCCGGCCGGCAGGUGGCGCGGGCGGCGGCGGCCGGCGUCUCUCCGGCCGGCAGGUGGCGCUGGCGGCGACGGCUGGCGACUCUCCGGCCGGCAGGUGGCGCUGGCGGCGACGGCUGGCGACUCUCCGGCCGGCAGGUGGCGCGGGCGGCGGCGGCGGCGGCGGCUGUCGACUGUCCGGGCGGCAGGUGGCGCGGGCGGCGGCUGCGGCUGUUGACUCUCCGGCCGGCAGGUGGCGCUGGCGGCGACGGCUGGCGACUCUCCGGCCGGCAGGUGGCGCGGGCGGCGGCGGCGGCGGCGGCUGGCGACUGUCCGGGCGGCCGGUGGCGCUGGCGGCGGCUGCGGCUGUCGACUCUACGGCCGGCAGGUGGCGCUAG